AUGGGCCUGGCGCCACCAGUUGCUGCUGCGGCCCGCAAAACCGUCUUGAGGGUCAUCUUCAUCUCCCUGCUACUGGACCUGAUCUCCUUCACCUUCAUCCUCCCGCUGUUCCCCAACCUGCUCGAGUUCUACCGCAAUGUCGAGGCCGACGCCGGUGCCGCGGCCGCGCCGUCAAAGACGAUCCUCUCGAGCAUACUAGGAUACCUCAACGCAUACAAGGCGGCCUUUGCCCGGCCAAUUGACUCGCGAUAUGACAUUGUUCUGCUGGGCGGGGCACUGGGGAGUCUCUUCUCGAUCCUCCAGGCGAUCGCCUCGCCCGUCAUAGGGCACCUGUCGGACCGAUUCGGGCGGCGCAACGCCCUGCUGGCCAGCAUGGCGGGCAACAUUGUGUCGGUCCUGCUGUGGGUGGUGGCGGUCGAUUUCCGGACGUUCCUGGCGUCGCGCAUCGUCGGCGGCCUGUCCGAGGGCAACGUGCAGCUGGCCACGGCCAUCGCCACAGAUAUCUCGGACGCCGACACGCGCGGGUCUACCAUGGCCCUCAUCGGCGCCUGCUUCUCCAUCUCCUUCACCUUCGGCCCGGCGCUGGGCGCCUGGCUCAGCUCUAUCGGCACCGUCGCCGCUAACCCCUUCGCCACCGCCGCUGGCGUCUCGCUCUUCCUGAUCGUUACCGAGACCGUCUACCUGUACCUCUACCUGCCCGAGACGCUGCCCUCGAUGGUGAAUAAGCCGGCCGAGGUGCCUUCGUCUUCUUCGGCGGCCGCCGAGAAGAUUGCGCCAACUGCCGCCGCCGCCCCCGUGCAGCGGACCAACUCGCACUUCCUGCUCAACUUUGUGCACAUGACGUUCCUGCUAUUCUUCUCGGGCAUGGAGUUCUCGCUGCCGUUCAUGACGUACGACCUGUUCGGCUACAGCUCGGCCAACAACGGGAGGCUGCUGGGGUACGUAGGGUUGGUGGCGUCCAUCUUGCAGGGCGGUGUGACGCGGCGGCUGCCGCCGCUGCUGUCGGUGCGGAUAGGCGUGGUGUCGUGCGUGGUGGCGUUUGCGCUGCUGGCGCGGGCGUCGACGGUGCCGGCGCUGUACGUGGCGGCGACGUGCCUGGCCACGACGUCGGCCACCGUGGUCAUGGGCCUCAACGCGCUGAGCAGCUUCGAGGCCGCCGAGGGCGAGCGCGGCGGCAAGCUCGGCAUCCUCCGCAGCUGGGGCCAGCUCGGCAGGGCCCUCGGCCCGCUGCUGUUCACCAGCGUCUACUGGUGGGCCGGCCGCGAGGUCGCCUACGGCAUGGGCGCCGUCGGCAUCUCCGCCGUCAGCCUGCUGACCCUAUUCGGACUCAAGACGCCCCCCGGCUCGGCUGUGAAAGGCCGCGUUAAGGCCAAGGGCCGAGGGGGGAAUAAGAAGGAGCUGUGA